GUAAUGCGCAACGCUUUAUGGCUCAAUGGCUGAUUAGAUGAGUCAAAAUGACAUGAUGUGGAUUUUAACAGUUUUUGUCGCGUUAUUAUUUCUUAAUUUCACUAAAAAUUGUCAGGGUUCUUUUUCUGACACUUCGUCUGGUAUUUUUGGAAGAACCAAAAAUGGUCUCUUAGCAGCUUUUGGCGAUUUUAACGCCGACAAAGCUACCGAUGUGUUUAUCCUCUCUGACGACGGGAAAUCCAUCCAACUUGUUCUGGGAACAACUGAAAAAAUAGAUGCAUCUUAUUCUGAAAAGGAAUUGAUCAGUAAAUCCCAAACAAAUGAUACCUAUAUUGUAAAUGUAGUACCAGCGGAUUUUGAUGGUGAUUCUAUGAUGGAUGUCAUGGUUACAAGAAGAAAUGAAGGUGUUACACAGGGACCAUUACAAGUAGUCAUCUACUGGGGAAAUAUCCUCAAAAAUAAUUUAGAUACAAUACCAUUAGUUAUAAAGGAAACAUUCGCAGAUCAACCAGCAAUAAUAGACGUGAAUGGAGAUAUGAUUCCAGAUUUAGUAGGAGAAAAAUUUAUGAAUGGAGAUAAAGAAAGAACAUAUUGGAUAUUUGGUGAGGGCAGAAAUUAUACAUUAGAAACAGUCAAAAAUGAAACAUCUUCCGCUCCUUUAGCACCUCUGUAUGUUCCACAGUCCAGCGCAUUCUUAGAUUUCAACAUGGAUUUAACAGCAGAUUUGAUAACAGUUUCUGAUGAAAGUGGAAAAAUUCAAUUUGAAAUCUGGCUAAACCAGAAAGGUAAAUUACUGUGGAAUCAGACAAUUGUAUCACCCGAAGAAUUAAAAUCAUUUGGUCAACCAGUAUUUUUAGAUAUGGAUAAUGAUCAUAGUGUUGAUAUAGUAUUACCAGGUUGUACAGAUGCUACUGACUGUACUACUACUAGUGCAAUAUAUGUCUGGUCCAAAAAUGAGUGGUAUAAAUUAGAUGUUAAAUUUAAUGAUGGAACCAAUCAAUGGGGAUUCCUCCCAGACAAUACUAUCCCAACUCUUUCUGUACCUAUCAAUCUCAGAAUGGGAGACUUGAAUCUAGAUGGCUUCCCAGAUGCAUUGACAGUUUUAUCCUGGAAAAAAGCAGAGAAUACAUCUCAAGUAGCAUAUGUUUUAAAAAAUGUUGGUUGCAGUACCUGUGAUGGAUUUUCUCGAACUUUUACAAUUCAAUUCUCGGAUCCGCUAACCAAACCAACAACAAUUCCUGUUUUGGUAGCUUUCUUCGACAUAGGAGAAAAUGGUAUUUUAGACAUAGUUUUGUCGAAUUAUCAAGAUAAAAAAACACAUCUUCAGGCUUUAUCUCAAGUUUUUACAGAAGAUGCAUAUUUCAUUAAAAUCAUGGUGUUAAGUGGUUUAUGUAAAGAUGAUUGUCCAGCUGGUCAUCAGAGAUAUGGUGUUAAUCAAGUUGGACCAGCAGUAAGAUAUGAGACAGUAAAUUCCAACGGAGACCAACAGAUUGGAAUAGCCUCUCAGUUGACUCAGUCAGCCUAUUUUUCUCUGCAACUACCAUUUACUGUUUUUGGGUUAGGACAGACACCUAAUUUUGUUGACACCUUAGAAGUUGGUGUACCUUAUCAAGCCGGAAAAAGUCCUAGACAUAAGGCAUUUACUUCUAUAAUUCCAAACUCACGUUUAGUUAUCACACCAUACAAGCUAGAUUCUCCUAACAGUUGGAGUAACAAGUUAUUUAUAACACCAAGUCGUUUAGUAUUAUUAACAGGAGCAGCUUUAUUAGGAACCUGUGGUUUUAUAGCUAUUAUAGUUGGUAUAUUACACUGGAGAGAUAGGGCAGAAGAUAAAAGAGAGAAACUCCAGGACGCUCACAAAUUCCAUUUUGAUGCCAUGUAACAAAUUGUCUUCCAACGUUCUUUCAUCACGGUCAUUUGUGAUUGUAUUAUACUGUGUGCAUGGAAAAACUACACCAAUAGCUAGGCAAUGUCCAAGAAAAACGUUUUAUGGACAUUAUUUACUGCUCUGGAUUGUCUGAAAUUAAUGUUACCCUGUUCCCUUUGGGGUUUUUUUUGUCCCCCGCCUUUCGAAGAAAGCAGGGGACUAUUAAAAUGGGUUCGUCCGUCUGUCUGUCCGUCUGUCCGUCUGUCUGUCCGUCUGUCUGUCCGUCACACUUUUUGGGACACAAUAACUCUCUUCCUAAUUGAGCUAGAAUGUUCAAACUUGGUGUAUGUGUUUAUUAGGUCAAUGCCUUGAUGGAGUUCGAAGAUGAGCAUUUUCCGCUUAGGGUAAGCAGAGAUAAGCAAUUUGAUUGGUUGAUACUUUGGGGCACGAUAACUCUCUUCCUAAUUGAGCUAGAAUGUUCAAACUUGGUGUAUGUGUUGAUUAGGUCAAUGCCUUGAUGGAGUUCGAAGAUGAGCAUUUUCCGCUUAGGGUAAGCAGAGAUAAGCAAUUUGAUUGGUUGAUGCUUUGGGACACGAUAACUUUAGUUCUAAUUAAGUGAGAACUAUUAUAAAUUAAUUAAAUAUGUAGUAUGCAAUAAUGAAUUGACAUUUAAUGACAGAAAGAAAACAGUGAACUUUGCACAACUUGCAGCAAGAUGGAAAAUAGACCCGUAGAUGCAACCAAACUCUAGAUCUGUAGGCAUAGAGCAUGUUUUCCCCUUAAUAUGCUAUAAUUAUUCCAUCAAAAACAUUGUAUGCUUAGACUAUAAGUAAAGAUAUACUGUUUGAUUGUUCAAUACUUUGUAAAAGAUAAUUUGUGAUAAAUUUAUAUGUGUCCUCUAAUUAUUUUCCUAUUUCGGCGGGGGACAUCAGCCUCACUGUUGGCUUGUUUAAGUUCUUUGGAUUUAGUUCACUGUUCUGGAACAUACAAAAUUCCCCUGAGGUUUUUGAUUGGUGUCAGCUCUUGUAAAUUAAAUAUGUGGGGGAGGAGAGUAUGUGAUCUAAGUCAUGUUUCAGAUACAAGUCUAAACUUGCUCUAACAUUUACAGGAGGAACAUGACAUUUCUUACCCUACCAAAAUCAUGGUUAAUCUUCUCCAUUGGACAUUUUAGCAGGCAAUUAAUUAAAGAUACAUUAUGGGAGGUAAGAUAAAGAGCUGGCAGUUCUCACUAUAAUAGUUAAAAACUAGAUAAUGUAAAGGGAAUUUGCUAAAAAAAUUUCAGUCAAAUUGAUCCACUCUGUACCAAGAUUUUAGCGAUUGAAUUUUCUGUCUAGCCUCGAUCAUCAUUACUAAAGUCGGUACGAUAAACAGCACAGUCUCGAUUAUCCAUUUAAUCGUUAAAUCGUGAAGAAAAGUUAUGCAGUAAAUCGGCUCAUAAUCCACUAAAGAUCGCAGGCUAGCAAUGACACUGAGAUUUGAUUAUGGUCUGGAUAAGUUAAUUAAUGUCUAAUCAAUAAUUUAGAUAACAUUUCAGGCCUAAAGAAAGACCUGCAAUAGGCAGAUUUAGCUCUUGCAUAAUGUAUGUUUGAUUAAUUAUAUAAUGGAGCAUAUACUGUAAUAUGGGAAUCUCCAGAUACUGUGUCGGCAUUUCAGCUGCAGGUCACUGUGGGACUUUUGGAGAUCAGGACUGAAAAUUAUUCAGGUUUCUUUACCCAGGAGCAAUUGAUUUUAUUAUUAUUAUUAUUAUUCGCACAGUGACAUCAAGUAUGUUAUGUUUGUGCAAGAUAAAUAUAUUAUAUGUAAUUUAUUUAAUUUAUAUAUAUCCAUGUAUAUACAGACACUUAUUAUUAUUAGGAGGUAAACAAGUCUUUAAAUACCCUCAUAUUCAAAGUUGUGUUUUUAUCUUUUCAUUAAAAGAAUCUACAGUGGUCUAUUACUCAUAUUGUGUUAAAUUUUAAUGGUUUACCCACAGGAGCUUUAUAAUUGUUUUUUUUUUUUUUUGUUUUGUUUUUUUUUAAACUAUUUUUCAUUCAAUAAGAAAAGGAUUGGGGAACAGACUACACCAGUAUUAGUCCUCUCCCUUCAAAAGGAUUUAAUUACUAAUUACAAUUAAUUUACAUAAAUGUGUAGUCAGAAGUAUUCAUAUUGUGUUAACUUUUAAAGGUUUAUUCGCAGCACCUUUUACUGUUAUUGUUUGUUUCUUUUAAACUUUAUUUUAUUCAAUAAUAAUAAGACUGGGGAGGGAACAUGCUUAGUCGAUAUAUCAACCCCCUCCCUUCAAAAAAAUUUAAUUACAAUUAAUUUACUUAAAUAUAUAGUCGGAACAUUUCAUAUAGUGUUAUUGAUAACAGUAAACAGUAUGAUAAUUUAAUUACAAUUAAUUUACAUAAAUAUAUAGUCGUAACUUUUCAUAUAGUGUUAUUGAUAACAGUAAAUAUGAAAUUAAAUAUGAAAAUUUAAUUACAGUUAAUUUACAUAAAUAUAUAGUCGGAACGUUUCAUAUAGUGUUAUUGAUAACAGUAUACAGUAUGAAAGAAAAUAAUAGUAUUUUCACAAAAAGAUUAUUCAAUAUAGAUUGAGUCUGAUGAAGGCUACAAGCCCCGAAAUUAUACCCUCAUUAAUUAUUAUCAGAAAUUAAAGACGAAAUUAUGUUUCUUUCGAAGUUUAAA